UUUGCAGAAAUAUCCUCCAUAAAAAUGGAAAAUAAACUCCAGAAAAAUAAAAUUAAUAAGUACUCGUGAACUGUGAUCUCAGAUUUGAUUGGUUUCAUUAAACCCUAUAAAUCAUUUCUACCUCAUCUCAAUUUCAGUGGCAAUAAUUUGUAAUUUAUUGCCACUGCAAUUUUCUAUAUUUCAAGAACCAAUUUUUUUUCUUCCAAUUUUGAUUGGUAGGAUUGAAUUUGAGUAGUGGGUUUUGAUUGGUUGGUUCUGAAUGUGACCGUUUUGUAUGUUUUAAUAAAAACUUUUAUAUAUAUGUAUACAAUUUCUUGAUUUGGGUUGUUUGUAUUUGAGAUAAAGAUGCAAACUUUACAUCUUCACUUGCUUUAAAAUGCCACACUCUUUUUACAUUCUUACUAUUUAAGGCUCUGUAUUAGCAGUUUUGGUGAAGUGGGGCUGUUGUUAUUAGAUCCAUAAAGAAGCAAUAGAGGAUUGAUUGUAAAUCUAGAGAUCAUUUGGCUAAUUGUGUAUCUGUUUUCUUGGUGAAUUUGGUCCAUUUUCUUUAUUAGAUUGGCAUUUCCAAAUUUAUACAGUGAGUAAUUUCUGGCGUUUUGAGCUGAUUCUGUUGAAGUUUCCUAAUUUGGAGGUGAAUUUUAGUGCAAAGAUUCAAACUUUAGGAAGAUAAAGAAGCAAGAAAGGAUUGUUUGUAUUAUUGGGUCUUUGUUUUAUUGGUGAAUUUGGUGCAUUUUUAUUAGAUUGGUAUUGCUAAAUUUGUGCAGUGAGAAGCUUUGUGGAGUUUUGAGCUGAUUUUCUUGAAGUGUUGGAAAGUUGGAGGUGAAUUACUGUGCAAAGAUUCAAACUUUAGUAGGAAGAUAAAGAAUCAAGAAAGGAUUGAUUGUAGCUCUAGAGAUCAUUUGGCCAAUAGGGUAUCUUUUUCUUGGGGAAUUUGGUGCCUUUUUUGUACUAGAUUGGCAUUACCAAAUUCGAGUGACGAGAAGUUUGUGGCGUGUUGAGCUGAUUUUCUUGAAGUGUACUUAAUUUGGAGGUGAAUUUUAGUGCAAAAGAUUCAAACUUUAGUAGGAAGAUAAGAGUUGGAUUUGGCACUCUGAGCUGAUUUUGUUCGAGUAUUCCAAAUUUGGAGGUGAAUUUAGUGCAAAGAUUCAAACUUUAGGAAUAUAAAGAAGCAAGAGAGGAAUGAUUCCAACUCUAGAGAUCAUUUGGCUAUUUGGGUAUAUUUUUUCUUGGUAAAUUUGGUGCAUUUCUUAUUAGAUUGGGCAUUGCCUAAUUGGUGUGGUGAGAAGUUUCUGGCGUUUUGAGCUGAUUUUGUUCAAGUAUUCUAAAUUUGGCGGUGAAUUUUAGUGCAAAGAUUCAAACUUUAGUAGGAAGAUAGAGUUUUGGAUGUGGAUGAGUGGAGGGGGAAAAUGAGAGGUGAAGUAGCAAGAUUGAGGGGACAACAAUGACUACAGGAUCAUUGGGUCUUCGUUCUUCAGGAAGUUAUGGCUCUUUGCAGCAACAGCUAUUUCAGAACAGCUCCUCACCAAUCCAAACAACACCUCCUAUUCCAUCAAGAAAGCCCCCUAAAUUGUUUAAGGAGAAAGAGGGAUUGUUUCUCCGGAUCUGCAAAUUCGCCCCUCGAAAGAAUGUGGGGAUGCUGCUGUUGUGUGUCGUUUCUGCCGCAGCUUUUCUGUGGGUCUUGUAUGUUGGCAAAGGUGAAGAUGCAGUGGAACUUAACACCUCCAUAAGUAACAGGAUGUUUCCUCCAGAAACUGUACAUAACUAUAUUUAUAGGAAUAUUGAGUCAAUAAAACGAACUAAUGUUGGCCGAAGUGCAUCAACUAUCCAAUCUCCUCCUCCUCCUGUAUAUUUCAAAGGAUAUACUCUUCCUCCUGGAAAUCCAUGUGAAGGCUUCACGUUGCCACCCCCGCCAGCAGAUAAGAAGAGGACUGGACCACGGCCAUGUCCUGUGUGCUACCUUCCUGUUGAACAAGCUAUUGCAUUAAUGCCGGAUGCACCGUCCUUUUCUCCUGGUGUUAGCAAUUUGACAUACAUCCAUGAAGAAAAUCCAAGUAAAACCGAGUUUGGAGGUUCAGAUUUCGGCGGAUAUCCUUCACUGAUGCAGAGAAAUGAUUCGUAUGAUAUAAGAGAGACAAUGAGUGUGCAUUGUGGUUUUGUCAGAGGAACCAGGCCUGGACAUCGGACAGGUUUUGACAUUGACGAUUCUGACCUUGUUGAGAUGGAAUCUUGUCAAGGUGUCGUGGUGGCAUCGGCAAUAUUUGGGGCCUUUGAUUUGAUACGGCAACCAAAGAAUACCAGCGAAUAUGCAAAGAAAAAUGCCUGCUUCUAUAUGUUCGUGGAUGAAGAAACAGAAGCAUUUUUGAGAAAUUCAAGUGAGCUAAAUAGUAGCAUGAGAAUUGGUUUAUGGAGAAUUGUUGUUGUUCAUAACCUACCUUACAACGAUCCGCGGCGAAAUGGAAAGGUUCCAAAGCUUCUACUCCACAGGCUUUUCCCUAAUGCUCGUUAUUCUCUGUGGAUUGAUGGAAAACUUGAGCUUGUUGUGGAUCCAUAUCAAAUACUUGAAAGGUUCUUGUGGAGAAAAAAUGCCAGUUUUGCAAUAUCAAGGCACUACAAGCGCUUCGAUGUAUUUGUAGAAGCAGAAGCUAAUAAGGCAGCUGCAAAGUUCGACAACGCUUCCAUCGACUUUCAGGUUGAAUUCUAUAAAAAGGAAGGUUUAACUCCAUAUUCCAGGGCUAAACUUCCUAUUACAAGUGAUGUCCCUGAGGGAUGUGUAAUAAUAAGGGAACACAAUCCAAUCUCCAAUCUUUUUACUUGCCUUUGGUUUAAUGAAGUGGACCGUUUUACUCCAAGAGACCAAAUUAGCUUUGCUAUUGUGAGAGAUAAGAUCAUGUCAAAGACAAAUUGGACUGUGAAUAUGUUCUUAGAUUGUGAGCGGCGCAACUUUGUGAUUCAG